AUGAUCACGAUACCACCAUCGGCGGCUGAUAGCUUCGCUGGACUGGUACAGACCAAGAUGCAGUCUGCAUGGUUCCCUCGACAGACGUCGAGCGUCGAAAGUGGUGUCUCCGUGUCACUACUGAACGAUACAGUGAGAUUGUCGAUUGGCGACGUCAAGCAAUCUACGAGAUCACAAGGUGCUGGCACCCUACGAGGCACUAUCAUUGAGCUCUGCAAAGUUACCAACGAUGAGCAAAAAGACUGGCCUACCUCAUCGGAGGAAGCUGACCAGGCAGCAAAUAUGCUCCAAGACCUGCUGAGACAGAUCUUCCAUGGCAUAGAAGAGGACUUCGGGAACGUCAAGUUCACAGUAAGCCCAACAUUGUCUAUUGACCACUCUUCUGGCUAUGGGAAGACAAGUGCUCCCGAUUGGGAUAUGCCCAAAUUGUACAUCACUGUGCUUCGAGGUCAAAGCACGUUAGGGAAACACCUGGGCAAGUCAACCGGUAUGCAACAACAUCGAUUUUCAGACUAUAUACGAGAACGCAGAGAAGCAGUCCUAAAACGGUAA